AAACCUGCAGGGUUUGCUCUGAGGGUUUCCCACCUUAGGAAACCUUCUCCCCACCAAUUCCUUUCAGGAAAGCCCAAGGUGUAUCAAGGUGUUAGAGUCAAGAUCACAGUGAAGGAGCUGCUGCAGCAGAGAAGAGCAAGGCAAGCAGCAACCAGUGCAGCAGUAAGUAAAACUCUCUUGGUGUCUGUUUUGUCUCUUCUCUCUUCAUCCUUUUCUUUCUCCUUGAUCUCUGGGCCCAGGAGACUGUCAGAGUCCAAGUGUAGCAGGCUGGUUUCUUGGGGCGGCAGCAGCGGCAGCAACAUCCAGUUUUCAGAGUCUGUGUCUCCUCCUCACCCAGCACCUUUUGAUGCAGAACCCAUCUCCUCUGUUCCCACCUACUGCCCAUCAUGGCAGUUUUCCAGUUGCCUCUCCUGUGAGGAAAGCCCCAGCUAUCUGGAGCAGCUGCUGGAUUCCUGUCUGCAGACAGAAGCACCUCUAGACCCAGCCUCCAAUGCUUGCCAGACAGCCUCACACUACACCUCAGAUGCCUUCCAGCCAGUCCCACUCUGCUUUAACCAGGGCCUGGCCUGCUGCUGCACAGCCUGUGGCUCCCAGCAUGUGGACGGCAGGGCCCCGCAGUACUUCUGCCCCAGCACAGACUGCAUGGACUACCUCCCACCCCUGGCUGAUGACUUCUUCAGGAGGGAUAGGACCUGUGACAUCUGCUAUAGCUAG